GCGGGGCUAACGUAGCGGCGGAGGCGGGGCCAAGCGCGCAGUGUCUGGGCCCUGACUGGCAGCGUGGCGAGAUGGCCGCGGAUUCGCGCGCCAAGGCGGCCACUCUGGACCUGAGGCGCCGGCUGCUCAGCUCUUCCUGCAGACUCUUUUUUCCUGAAGAUCCUGUUAAGAUUAUCCGAGGCCAAGGGCAGUACCUGUACGAUGAGCAAGGGCGGGAGUUCCUGGACUGUAUCAAUAACGUGGCUCAUGUCGGGCACUGCCACCCUGUCGUGGUCCAAGCCGCACAUGACCAGAACCUGGUGCUCAACACCAACAGCCGAUACCUGCACGACAACAUCGUGGACUAUGCCCAGAGGCUGUCGGAGACCCUGCCGGAGGAGCUCUCUGUGUUUUAUUUCCUGAAUUCUGGGUCAGAAGCCAACGACCUGGCCUUGAGACUGGCUCGCCAGUACACAGGACACCAGGAUGUGGUGGUAUUGGACCAUGCUUACCACGGUCACCUGAGCUCUCUGAUCGACAUCAGUCCCUACAAGUUCCGGGACCUGGAUGGCCAGAAGGAAUGGGUCCAUGUGGCUCCUCUCCCAGACACCUACCGGGGCCCUUACCGAGAAGACCACCCCAAUCCAGCAGAGGCCUAUGCCAGUGAGGUGAAGCAUGUGAUCCACACUGCACAGGAGAAGGGCAGGAAGAUCGCAGCCUUCUUCGCCGAGUCCCUGCCGAGUGUGGGUGGGCAGAUCAUUCCCCCUGCUGGCUACUUCUCCCAGGUGGCAGAGCAUAUUCGCAGGGCUGGAGGGCUCUUUGUCGCCGAUGAGAUCCAGGUUGGUUUUGGCCGAGUAGGCAAGCACUUUUGGGCCUUCCAGCUGGAGGGGAAAAACUUUGUCCCUGACAUUGUCACCAUGGGCAAGUGCAUCGGCAAUGGUCACCCUGUUGCCUGCGUGGCCACUACCCAAGCCGUGUCAAGGGCAUUUGAAGCCACUGGUGUCGAAUACUUCAACACGUUUGGAGGCAACCCAGUGUCCUGUGCUGUGGGGCUGGCAGUCCUGGAUGUCUUGGAAACAGAACAGCUCCAAGCUCAUGCCAGUAAUGUGGGCAGUUUCCUAAUGGAGCACCUCAGCCAGCAGAAAGCCAAGCAUCCUAUUAUUGGGGAUGUCAGGGGCACUGGGCUCUUUAUCGGUGUGGAUCUGAUCAAAGAUGAGACCUUGAGGACACCAGCAACUGAAGAGGCAGAAUACUUGGUCUCCAGGCUGAAGGAGAACUACAUUUUCCUGAGCACUGAUGGCCCUGGGAGGAACGUCCUGAAGUUCAAGCCUCCAAUGUGCUUUAGCCUGGACAAUGCACAACAUGUAGUAGCAAAGCUGGAUGACAUUCUAACCGACAUGGAAGAAAAAGUAAGAAGUUGCGAGACACUGAGGAUCCAGCCAAACUCGGUCAAGCACCCUCCCGGUAAGCGGGACUUGUUUAUUCCCACCUCCACCAGGAAGUCAGUCCCCAGUGCUACAACUUGCAUUUGCUGGAUAAUGGGAUAGAAACUAAGGAUUUGGAGCAAAUGUGAUAAAACAUUCUCUAGAUAUGGAGGCUACAGGAACAAAAUGGUGACUGAAAAGGUCAGGUAGGAAAACAGCUGAAGGACCCCUGCUACAGGAGACCCUAGUCCCAGGAGUAUCUGGCACCUCCAACACUGGGCAAGGUCUCACAGAGCAUCCCACACUCACCCAGGCGUGGGGGUUUUUUAAUUUUUAUUUCAAAAGCUUGGAUAGCUUCAAUAUCCAGGUCGUGGCAAAAUCAGGACACGUGUAAAAUACCUUACAAUACAUUAGAUUCCCAAAAGGUACCAAAAAGUACAGUAAAAUUAACACUUCCAUUACUGGAAAUGUAUGACACAAAUAAUAUAAAAUUAAAAGGUGAAAAGGUGACACUGGUUUCCUAAGAUACAGUUUACUCUUUACAACCAGGGUCCACAGGUCCAGGCUGCAGAGCGGCAGCAGGAAGCAGACCCUCCAAUCUAGUACAAGGUAACCUGGUAAUAAUAAAAUCAGCCCCCUAAAGCCACUCUGGCCUCUGAGACGCCACACGCUGCCUACAACUAGAGCUCUGGAAUAGUAAACAGGAGAGUGAUUUCCGGGGGAAAUUUUAAAUAAGAUGCACAUGGGACAGGCCAUAAAAGUUUGCCAAGUUAAAUUUGGUACAUAAUUGUGUUCACUCCGCGUCCAAACAAAGCGUGUGCGGUCGUCAGUCGGCCGCUCCUGCUGCCUCUCAGUAUGGCUUGUAGUUAUUCUGAUGGCCACCGCGUCGCUGGCUCUUCCCGUAAUUUGUACUACCCUGACCUAGAAAUAAGAACAAUGUUGUAGCUACUACUUCACUGUACAUUUACCCAGUGCCAGGCGCUUACCACAUCCUCACAAUGUA